GCUGCAUGUCCGAGCCGGGCGGCCCGGCCGGGCUGCACGUGGGGCUUGUGGCGGCCGCCACCGGCACCGGACCCGGACCCGCUCGGGCGGCGGCGUGGGGACGCGGCGUCGCGCCGGACCCGCCAUCCAGUUGCCGAGGCCGUGCACCAUGGCUCUGCGCUUCCGCAGUUUGAUCCCCUACGCUGUCCCGGGCGUGCUGGCGCUUCUUGGCUGCUGGUGGAUCUACUCCCGCAGAAAAAAGCACGCAGGUUAUGCCAGUGAACCAGCAGCAGCCAUCGGAGAGGAGCAGCAGAAAGAAAGGACAGAGAAUGAUUCCUUGCUUGGAACAGAAGUGUGUGUUCCUCAAAGGCUGCCUCUCUCAUCAGAGGAGUGCCUGAAGAAUGAAGCCUCGACCUCCCUGCUGUCAGCAGGGUCGAUGACGCCCUCUCUUCUACGUCAGACUCGAGAGAGGCCAGAUCUCUCAGAGGACCUUCCAGAUGUGUCAGUAAUGACAAUUCAGCCCAGCAUUCUUGAGGACGACAGUGAAAAACUAGAAACAAUAGAAUCUCAAGAUGAAAGCAGUGUCCCUGCUUGUGUUUCUCUCCCUCUGAUUUCAAAGAGCCUUAUAGAGAGUUCAGGCUCAAGUGCAAACCAAGAUCAGUGGCCAUCAGCAUCGAUGACACUGGCACAGGAGUAUCUGGGAAUCCCAGAGGAGAUCAGCAAUGCAGAGCAGUCAGGUGAUUCCUCAUUUAAGCCCCCUGAGGAAAGCCAGAUGCCAGAAAUGGUGCCAUCGGAUACUGGCUGUGUUACAACCCUUUGCUUGGGAUUGGAGAAAGAAGCCAGUAACCCGCAAGCCUUUCUCAAUAGUGAGGUGCAGGUUCUAUCAAGACCCAGGGGUUCUUCAGUGAGCAUGUUACCAGACAGUUUGGAGCAGUCCAGGAAAGAAGAGUCAAUUGCCAGUACUCUACCUAGGUGUCAGGAGGAGGACAUGCAGCCAAAACGAGAUGAGCUGGAGAGAGAGAAGAUUGGAGGAGUGAAUUUGAACAAGGAGGAAUUUGGGAAAAUUGAGCAAGUAGCAAUACAGAUCAUUUCCAGGGUCAUUCUGGCAGCAACUGGGGAAGUGCUGUCUGGUGCUGCAAGUGAUGUGCCCACUCAGAUCUGCCAGGCUGCAGCUACUCAAGUUGAGACACCGCUGGAGAUGGCGAGUGGUGGUUCCACUGAUCGAGUGCUGGCAGAGGAAGCUGCAGGAACUGCAAAGAGUGGUGCUGCGGGACUGCCAUCCCCACAGACAGAGGGCUGGGCUCAGAAUGUGGCAGCUUCCAGCUGUUCAGCACACAGCCAACUGUCCCUCCCUGCUCAGGGACACAGAAGAGACCAUCAGGGGAAGAGCCGUGUGCGUGGUGAGGAGCUGCCGCCCGCCGCCAGUGAUGCGCCCGCUCGGAUCUGCCAGGCUGCAGCUGCCCGAGUCGAUGCUCCCCUGGAGGUGGCGAGUGGUGGUUCCUCUGAGCAGGUGCUGGCAGAGGAGGCUGCAGGAACUGAUGAGGACACUGCAAAGCGUGGUGCUGUGGGACUGCCAUCCCCACAGACAGAGGGCUGGGAUCAGGGUGUGGCAGCUUCCAGCUGUUCAGCACACAGCCGACUGUCCCUCCCUGCUCAGGGACACGGAAGAGACGACCGGGGGAAGAGCCGUGUGCGUGGUGAGUCCCGAGGAGUUGGUUGGACUGCGGUGGGAAAUGAUGGAGGGUCUAUGGAAAGGUCACCUUUGGUUAUGGAAGACUCUGGGUGCAGCACAUCUGCAUCUGGAGGUGGCACAAGUGUGGUGGACCUGUUGCAGAACACAGAGCUGUCUCUUGCUUCAGGCCAGCAUUUGGACUCACUGAGCUUAUCUGCAACCCAAGAUGUGUCUGCUGAGCAGAGCCCAGUACCAAGUGAAAACCCUUCUGCUCUGAAGCUACCCGAAGACAGACAAGUGCCAUACAGUAAUGGGACAAUGAAAGAGGAUGGUCCAGAUGUGUGUCAUGAGUGUCCCAGGGCAACAGGGAUGGAUGGAGAACACUCUGAAGGGCUGGAGGAAAAUAGCGUGGAUUUUGUGGACACUGGCAGUGCCAUGAGGAAGACAGUGUCUCGCCAGAACUCCAAGCUGAGAGGAGAAUCCAGCAAGUCUGACUCCAUUAUCUGGGAAAUAGAGGUCCCAAAGGAGUUAGUUGGACGGUUGAUUGGCAAACAAGGAAGGUUUAUGAGCACCUUGAGGCAAGCAUCUGGUGCCAAAAUUUAUGUCUCAACACUACCUUACUUCCGUGACUCCCAGGUCUGUCACAUCGAAGGCUCCCCACAGCAAGUAGAAAAAGUUCUGAGCCUGAUUGGCAGGAAGUUCAAGGAGCUGUGUCUCACCAACGUCUACGCUGUGCCUCCCCCAGCACCACUGACGCUUCAUUCCCUCCUCAUGACUGCCUGGCUGUUCCUCCCAGAUGGAGUCACAGUGGAGGUGGUUGUGGCCAACCAGGUGGAUGCAGGGCACAUGUUCCUGCAGCAGCACACACACCCCACCUUCCACGUGCUGCGCAGCCUCGACCAGCAGAUGUUUGCCUGCUAUUCCCAACCUGAAAUUCCAACCCUGCCCACUCCAGUAGAAGUUGGUAUUAUCUGUGCAGCUCCAGGCCUGGAUGGGGCAUGGCUACGGGCUCAAGUUAUCAGCUACUUUGAAGAGACCAGUGAAGUGGAGCUCAGAUACGUGGACUAUGGAGGAUAUGACAAAGUGAAAGUCGACACCCUCAGACAAAUCAGGUCUGACUUUCUCUCACUGCCUUUCCAAGGAGCAGAGGUUUUACUAGACAACGUGGUGCCACUUCCAGAUGAGGAUCACUUUUCCCCCGAGGCUGAUGCUGCUGUUACAGAGAUGACCAGAGGUGCAGUCCUGGUGGCACAGGUCACAAACUAUGACACUGCAACGGGUCUGCCACUGAUACAGCUGUGGAACCUGAUGGGAGAUGAGGUGGUGUCAAUAAACAGAACUCUGGUGGAAAGAGGAUUUGCUCAGUGGCUUGACUACUAGCAGUGUCCUAGAUGCCUGACAACUCUGCAGAGAAAAAACAAGAGACAAAGUCUUAUUUUGCACUGUUACAAUUUGGUUUGGCAACCUGUCAUGGGAAGACCCGUUCACACCGGAGCUGCUCAACUGUUACCACUUCACCAGAAACACAUACCUCAUCUCAGUGAAAGGCAGGGUGUUAAAAGCCAUAAUGACAGAUACUGUAUCUUUAAAGCAAAAAAAAUCCUCCCUUGCCUCUGCUCAAGGUGAAUGGGAAAAACCCUUAAAACCUUGGCUCCUGCCUGAAGCCAGUAAAUGCCCUGAAACGUUA